UACGAAGCCAGCAGCAUCCUGUCAGCGGGAGCAGAGAGAUGAGAAAGAGAGAGAGAGAGAGAGAGAGAGGAGUGGAGCUCGACUGAGGAAGACACUUCCACAUCUCUCCGACCUGUUUGAGCGGCUUUUUCUGUUUUUGCCUCUGUGAGUUCGCACAGAAGGACGUGUCACUGCGUUUGCGCGCUGCUGGAAAACUCUGAGUGUCGGAUGUGGAGUAGCUGUUCUGUGGUUCUGUCUGUGAGGGCUCGAGACGGAUUUCUCUCAGCGGACACCUUUCCUUCACCUGGACUUCAAGACGUGAAAUGAUCCGGAGAGAUCUUUCCAGGCUGCCCUUUUCCACAGUCUGACUGAUUUUAGUGCGUUUUUCUUUAGGAUAGUUCGCUUUUCCGCCACAGUUUUGAGGAUGUAUGUGGCGCUGCUGCUCGCCUCCAUAGCGGGACUCUCUACAGUUUCAGCUCUGACUCAGAUGGGUGGUUCCUGUGGAGGAAACAUCACCAUCUUGAGUGCAGGCUAUGUGACAUCUCCCGGUUACCCGUCCUCGUACCCGCUCUCUGAGCAGUGUGUGUGGCUCAUCCGUGCGCCAGACCCACAGCAGAAGAUCCUCAUCAACUUCAACCCACAUUUUGACCUGGAGAACCGCGAGUGCAAGUAUGACUUUGUGGAGGUGUACGAUGGAGACAGUGAGAAGGCCUCUCUGGUGGGGAAGUUUUGUGGAAAAAUUGCUCCUUCCCCAAUCAUCUCCUCUGGAAACUCUCUGCUGAUCAAAUUCACCUCCGACUACGAGACCAAUGGGGCCGGAUUCAGCAUCCGCUACGAGGUGCACCAAAAAGGCACAGAAUGUUCCAGAAACCUGACAGCUCCGAGUGGAGUGAUCCAGACGCCCGGGUACCCUGAUAAAUACCCCAACAACCUUGAGUGUACCAUCACCAUCUUGGCGCCGAAGAUGGCGGAGAUCGUGCUGGAGUUUGAAAGGUUUGACAUGGAGCCUGAUAGUACCGCCCCUGCUGGAGCCGUGUGCCGCUUUGACUACCUGGAAAUCUGGGACGGAUACCCAACAGUUGGCCCUCAUAUCGGGAGAUACUGUGGUUCUCGUAGUCCAGACCGAGUAAUAUCCUAUACCGGCAUCCUGUCCCUCUCCAUCCACACUGACAAUGCCAUCAGCAAGGAUGGCUUCUCGGCCAAUUACAGCAUCCAAUCCAGCCCAGAGCCCCCCCAGGACCAAAAGACUGAGUGCAACUAUCCACUGGGAAUGGAAUCAGGAGAGAUUAGUAAUGAUGCAAUUACAGCCUCUUCCCAAUACAACCCCAGUUGGUCUCCUCUCCGCUCACGACUGAACUUCUCCAGUAAUGGCUGGACGCCGUCAGAAGACUCCACCAGAGAGUGGAUACAGGUGGAUCUGGGUUUCCUCCGAUAUGUCUCGGCUAUAGGAACCCAAGGAGCCAUCUCUAAGGAGACAAAGAAAGCCUACUAUGUGAAGGCCUAUAAAGUCAGCAUCAGCAGCAAUGGAGAAGAUUGGAUCAUGGUGAAGGAUGGAAACAAGCACAAGGUGUUUCAGGGUAAUACAAACCCUACUGAUGAGGUGCGCUCUCUCCUCCCUAAACCCACCCUGACACGCUAUAUUCGGAUACGUCCUCUGACCUGGCAACAUGGCAUCUGUAUGCGCUUUGAACUGUAUGGCUGCAAAAUAUCAGACUUUCCCUGCUCCAGUAUGUUAGGGAUGGUCUCUGGUCACAUUUCGGAUGCUCAGAUCUCUGUGUGGCCAGAGAUGGAGAGAGGGUGGUUACCGGAGCAGGCGAGGCUGCUGACCGGCCGUUCUGGCUGGGUGUCUCAUGUCCCGCAGGGCCUCACACACACCCCGUGGCUGGAGCUGGAUCUUGGGGCAACCCGCUGGGUCACCGGAGUCAUCGUACAGGGAGGGAAGCACCGAGACAAGAGUGUGUUUGUCAGACGCUUUAAGCUGGGCUACAGCAUUAAUGGAUCUGACUGGAGCUACGUACGGGAAGAGAAUAGCACCAAAACUCAGACGUUCUCAGGAAACCAGAACCACGACACCCCAGAGGUGCGUUCCUUUUACCCUCUGAUGAUGCGUUUUGUGCGAUUGUAUCCCGAACGCGGUGCACCUGAUGGCAUGGGGCUCAGACUGGAACUGCUGGGCUGUGACCUAGAACAGACCACCACUCCUCUUGCCCCAACCACUCCUCUUCCUCCUACCACAACAGUGGUGGUAACCUCCAGUGCUCCAGUAAUCAGCCCAGACACCACGACCGUUGCCAUGCUGACGGAAGACUGUGAUGACGAAUCAGCAAAUUGUCACAGUGGAACAGGCACAAGUGAAGAUUAUGAGCCAACAGCAAAUACCACAGCAGAGGAGCCAGUACUGGAUGUAGACAUGGUACCAGAGUUCAUUUGGUUUGACUGUGAUUUUGGCUGGACUGAUAACCCCUCCUACUGUGGGUGGAUACCGGAAAGCAUCGGAGGAGUAAACUGGCUCGUACAAAGCAAUGGCAAACCCUCUGAUCUCCAACUGCCCAAAGUGGAUUACAGAGGGGAACCAGGAAACUUCAUCUACACUGCACUGUCCACAGACAUGCUGCACCCAGUCACAGAGAGAGAAAAAGAGUUAGAGACAGAGAUUGCGUCGGAGAAAGAGGGAGGGAUGGAAACAGAAAUAACAGCAGAGGCAGAAAAAGAGAGAGAGAUGGAAGAAGACAAAGAAAGGGUGGAGAGAGAAAGUAAGUGGGCGCGGUUGGUUAGCCUGCCGGUCACAGCUCCUGAAGAAGACCUGUGUGUAUCAUUCUGGUACCAUUUUACUGGAGAACACACAGGAACUCUACAUAUCAGACAGAGGAGAAAGGCAGGUGGAGAGGAGGAGGAGGGGAAAAGAGGAGAAGAUCAAGGAGAAAGAGUUGAGGGAGAGAAAGAUGAAAGAACAACAGAAGAGGAAGUGCUCCUGUGGAAGAUGGACAGGCAAGAGACCGGCCGCUGGAAGGAAGGAAGAGUCCUGAUGCCACAUGCUGACGCACCAUAUCAGGUGAUCAUUGAGGGUGUGGUUGACGGCGCAUCAGCUGGUCAUAUCUCUGUGGAUAAUAUAAGAAUUAUUCCCGUGAGAUCCGCAGAGUGUCAGGGAAUGACUGUUGAUGAAGUUAAGCCUGAGAUUGUAGAGUGUGAUGAUGGUGAGGACUCAGAGUGGCGGUACGGUGUGCACGGGGGCUCCAUGUUGAAGACGCUGGACCCCAUCCUGAUCACCAUCAUUGUGAUGAGUGCCGUGGGGGUCCUGCUGGGUGCCGUCUGUGGGGUGGUGCUCUACUGCGCCUGCUCACAAAACCCCGACCGAAACCUUUCCGCCCUCGAAAACUACAACUUUGAGCUGGUCGACAGCCUAAAGCUGAAGAAGGAGAAAGUGAGUGUACAGAAGUCUUACACCGAGGCGUGAGGACUGGCCUGGCUUCGGCCGGCGUUAAAAGUACAGAAGUCUUGGCCGGCCAGACGCUGGGCUAACAUUGAGGGAACACUGAGGAAAGGCUCGCAGAAGGCCUGAGGACCAUUUCACUAACGCUGCGAGUGCAUUUUGGUAGUUUGAGACUGAGCCAUGCUUUUCUCAGGAUCUGCAGUAAGAGGGACAGACCUCCAGAGGGCGCUGUGUGUAAAGAAAAAAAAAAUGUACAGUCAGUGGUGAUUGUCACUUUGUUGGUUUGUCUGUUUUGUUUGUGUUUUUUUUUUUUUUAUAUACAAAGAUGCUGGUGAUGCGACCAAUCAAGAUGAAAGUAUUUAUCUUCUCUACAAGUUGGGACUUUAUGUGUUCUGGGGGCCCUUUUUGUUCCUCAAAGAAGAAGAAGCGUGUGGAGAGAGAGACAUUGACACAUUUGUAGUGUAGAACUGAGUUUUCACUAUUUUAGUGCUUUUGUGCCUGUUUGUUUGGGUGUGUGUGCGUGUGUGUGCGUGUGCGUAUGUAUGCUUGUAAGAAAGAGACACAGACAGAAAGAGUUCAGGAAGUUUAAGGACCUGUAUGUGUGUGUGGCUUGUGGCUUGUGUUCCAUCCCAAUAGUGCCUUUUUACAUAUUUCUGUUGCCUUUUCACACCUGGUCACACCUCAGUCCUCAUCCUCCGAGCAGUAUCUCAUCCGGCAGGCCAAGAGUCAAAGGUUAAAGUGAAAUUUAUUCAUAUAUUCUACCGGUGCUUCAUGAACACUGCCUAAAGGACAUACUGUAUGGCCACAGGAUCUGCAUCAAUGAAACAUAUACAACAGGAGACACAUAAUCACUCCCAUAUUUACAUUAGCAUUUAUUAAAGGAAUGGUUCCACCUACCCCAGAUGUCACUGACCAGCCAAGACAUCAAAUUUUGCUUCUUUAGCUUAGUGCUAACAAAUUCUAAACAUAAGUAGUCACCAAAAUCUUUUCAGUGAACACAUCCUCAAAAGUUCUCUCAACCCACUCAAACCACUUCCAGCUCUUCAUUAAGGUUGUGCAAAGUUGUCGAUGUGGUUUAGUCACAGCAUGACAUACUGUGAGCUAUAAAAAUGAACAGAACUUCAUUGUGUAACUAAAAGCUACAUCAGCCAUUUUAGACAGCAGACCCAGAAACCCAGACAUGGACACCACAGAUUACAUUUGCGAUUUCUGUAGUCUCUUUUUUAUGAACAACUGUUAAAACCUGUUUAAUUUGGGAGACUAUUGACUUCUACUGCUUGUUAGCAACAUUAGCUUCAUAACUCCAGCGCUAAACUAAAGAUACAAAAUUUGGCCACCACAUUUUGGCAGAUCAACUACAUCUGCGGUUAGCAGAAAACUGUGUAAAUAAGAUUUUUAACCAAACCAUUCCUUUAAUUUAGUACAUACUGUGCCUGCUCCCACAAUAAGAAUCUACCAAUAUUAAACUCUUGCCUGAUGUCAACAAUCAGUUUCUCUAUUAUGGAUGCACCGAUAUGGGAAUUAUGGGCUGAUGCCUGCGUCUGACAUUAUUCAUGCAUAUCUGCCAAUACAUAAAUAUUUAUAAAAUAUUGUCGCUAUCAGAACAAAACCUGAUAUAUCUCCAAAAUGGUAUCUUUACUGGAUAAGGAAAAAAUCAUUCUUAAAUUUGCAACAGCGAUUCAUUCCAGUUAGUUUUGGAAUAUUGGUCUGUUCAUUUUGUGAAAUUUUGAAACAAUGUAAAGAGCAGCUGGUAUUAUCAAAUUAUGUCGAAAAAUAUAAAAUAUGUAAAAAAUGGAGAUACAAGGUUCUGUUCCUACAGCGCCGAUAUAUAAAUUGUGACUACCUGGAGAGAUUUAGAGAAAUACAGAAGUAUAACAUUUAUUUGUAGAGGAUUACAAAUGCAGUAAAAUGAAUAAAAUGCAGAGAUUUUAGCCCAGUAGCGCAGAGUCACCUAACCGUUCUGUUCUUCUGGAGUACAAUAAGUACGUCAUCAAACAUCACUUUGAAAUAUCAGUAAAAUCUAAAUAUUUUUAUAAUGCCAAUAAUGUUAUUUAAGUAAUUACACUAUUAAAAUGAACAGAAGUCCAUUGUGUAGCUAAAAGAUACCGAUAUGAUUCCAAAAUCUUUGUGCAUCCCUAAUAUCUACAUCUCAAUCUGCCAAUGACAAUACAGAUUCCAACAGUUUGAACUGAUUACAUUGUAAAUGUGGCUUACUUUGUAACUUUUACUUUUCUAUGCAUACACCACUAAUGCAUCAUCAUAUUGCGACUAAAUAUUGGUCAGAUUUAAAAUGGAACUGAAAUGGAUAUUAUGAUUUCAGAACUGAUUCUAGUACAGAUAGUAUCGUCCAUCACUCCACAGAGACUUAGGGAGCGAGCAGAGGAGAACGCACCGUGAUACAAAGAACACAGGGAUACUGCAAUGGCCCUCUGCAGCUACUGUGGUUAGACUGUCGUCACAUUGCCUUAUGAAGAUGACAUAAAUAAUACUUUUUUGUUGAUUGUUCCAGAGCUCUGAAGAGGUUUUUGUUUGUUUCUGUUGAGCAGGGAAGAAAGCACUCUUCAGUAAAGGGUUUAGUGCAGGAACCAGUAUGUGUCGCUCUUCAUGCUGCAUAAAACCUGUAGCCGAGCUCCAGUGGCAAGAUACUAAACAGAUAGUGUCAGAAAAUCAUGUUUUUGUUUUGGUUUUUUGGUUGUUUGUUUUUUUUUUUUUACAGGAUGUGGUCAUUACAGAGUUCAGAAGCGAGGGUUUGGACUGCUGUCUGUAGAGGAAAACAGAGCCGCUACAGAGAGAAAUAGACUAGUCUAUCGUUGCACUGAGAAAUGUAUUUAUAUGAGAAUUUUUUAUUUCAUUAAAUUGUGACUAAAAA